AUGGCAAAGUCUGGUUCUACGGAAUCAGGUAUGAGAUGGGGAAGCAGUGAUGAGCCUGGCAGAGAAUGGGGAGCGCGGCGGAGAAAGGUCUACGGGUAUCUCAAGGCCGCCAAUGAGCUGCGCCAGAUAUACGCUUCACAGUGGUCUCAAAGAAAUAGACAGGAUUCCUACGAUGGCGAGUCCUUCGAUGUACCUGGUGCCUUCCCGGAUGUCGAUAUUGCACGGUCCGGCGACGAGGAAAUGGUUCUCUUUCCAAGCUAUACAAGGCGCCAUGUGAGGAAGAAGAGACCCGGAACGUCCUGUCAGUUACAGCGGAAGCCUGGGACGAACGAAGACAUUGAACGGCCACGGUCGCCUGGAGACUUGGAAUAUUGGAAGCAGGAAUGGGAGAAAUACGAGGAUGACAAUGCUUCUGUGGACGUUGACGUUCGAGGCUGGAUAUACACACCGCAGCACGGACCCAUGAGCCGAAAGCAUCGACUAUUGAUAGCGCUGGCCAGGAAGCUGAGUGGAAUUCCUGCUCCCGGCACCAGUUCCAACAGUUCUCCGCUCUCCGGCCAGUUAGGGCCCCAGCAAGCUUCAAGUAAAAGAGAGGACGAGGAUGUGGCGAGGGAGGCGCAGUCCAUCAUCAAUAGAGCGGAACAAGAGGCGGAUCCAGCGUGGAAAGGGGGCCAUUUCAGGGGUCAGGACGGACAACAGGGUUCUGACGCGGUUUCGAGGACAGACUCGACUUCAUCCCUAGGCAAAGAUGAAUUGUCCGUAGCGAACGCUCGUCUAAUGGAGCGACUCCGGCCUUUUAUGGCCAACCCACUUGUUGGGACGCCCGUCACGAUGUUUUUCUUCAAUGACAAGGAAAGUCUGGCAAGGACCACCACGACUGAUGAUGCGGGCCAUUUCUCGUUUCGAGCGUCCCUGGAGUUUGUUCCAACCCAUGUGCGAGUGAUAGCUUCGGAGUCGCUAUCAGCAACAGAAGAGGUCCAGAUAAUCGAGCCGAAAGGCGUCAGUCUCAUCAGUGAUAUCGACGACACGAUCAAACACACUGCCAUCACCAGCGGUGCGAAGGAAAUGUUCAGGAACACAUUUGUCCGUGAACUCGAGGACCUGACGAUACCUGGCAUUAAAGAAUGGUAUACCAAGAUGGCCAACAUGGGUGUUAGGAUGCACUACGUGUCGAACUCGCCAUGGCAGCUCUACCCUCUUUUGAAGCGUUACUUCACGCUGGCGGGCCUUCCACCGGGAUCGUUCCACCUCAAACAGUACAGCGGAAUGCUACAGGGGAUCUUUGAGCCAACGGCAGAGAGAAAGAGAGGUGCCCUAGAGAAAAUCAUGGCUGACUUUCCCGAACGCAAGUUUAUCCUAGUUGGUGACAGUGGUGAAGCCGAUCUCGAAGUGUAUACCGACCUAGUCUUGGCCAACCCGGGGAGGGUGCUAGCGGUAUUUAUCAGGGAUAUCACGACACCGGAAAAGAAGGGCUUCUUUGAUCAAUCGUUCGAUCACAACAGCGUCUCCAGACCGAGCCCGCGAACAGCGCCCGUGAAGAACGAUUCAGAUGCUGUCGAGAACAGACCAGCAUUGCCACCACGAAGACCGGUGGAACAGCAGUCUAAUAGUACUUCAGCGGAUGCACGCACUUUAGACAACACUGAUCUAAUAUCGCUGAUGGAAUCUGGCAACGAGACGGACCAAAAUCCCGACUCCGCUAACCGCAAAUGCCCUCCUGUAAAACCGUCCAAGCCAACUACCCUGCGAACCACCUCCGCCGACCCGGCCACUCAAUCGAAGAGCAAUGAUGAAGAGGGCAGCUCAACGGUCCCACAGAAAGAGAUUAUACGUCGCAAACCGGCGCCGCCUCUGCCAUCAAAACCUCGGAGUCUGUCAAUUCCUAGACCAGAUCCAUCAGCAGAACGACCCCCGCCCUUACCUGCGCGCCCAAAGCCAAAUCCGGCAACAGAUUCGCCUGCCUCAUCUGCCUUGCAAUCUGCUAAGAAUGAGCCAUCUCAACCAGCUGAGAGUUACACGGGCGCCGUAAAGAACAUGAUCUCCACUGCCUACAACAGCCUUCCCUCAACGGCCCGAGAGUAUUUGAGUUCGCGCUCCAAUACCCCCAAUGACUCUGGCACCGAGUCUCAACCUGGUGAAGAGCGAAGGACUCGCUCGCAGCGGCCACCACCGCCUGUGCCUCCGCCUCGUCGCAGCAAUACGGCAGCGUCCACCGCGAGUUCUGCUUCAGCUGGUCCAGAGACCCGAAGGGGUCCAACAUCCAAUGCAAAUGCGGCCUCGCACGAUCGCGUUUUGAAGCCGUCAUCAUCCUCCAGUUCCCUUUCCGCAAGAGGCUCCGCAUCUGCGUCAUCAAGGCCUGUCCCAAGCCGAACCAAUACCAACACUAGCACUACUUCUGCUACCACCACAAACAACAAUAAUGACUACGACUCAGGCUUGACCUACCAUGACCCUUCGGAUGGAUCACCACAACCUGCUGCUCCGCUACCCAACAAACGCGAGGAGCUCUGGCGACGCCGAUGGGAACGCGCACAGGCGGUGCUGGACGAGCACGGCGUCAUCCUCGCCUGUUGGAGAGUAGGCAGCGAUGUGGAGGAUAUUGCCGUGUGGCUGGUUGAAGAGGCUCAGAAGAGGGAAUGA